AUGCGUAAGAGGCCAAGCGUGGCCAAGCUUCCGGGUGUAUCCCGGCCGUAUUAUCUGAUCUGCCAAGAUCCGGGGAGAGUACUUCUUAAAUUUAACGGAAGCAAUAUCGACUGCCGGAAUCUGGGGCAUCGUGGUGCCGAAAAGCACCGAGACUUGCUCAGCUUAUUUUGGAAGGUCGCGUCAAAGGCAGCUGCGCAUUGCCUCCUAGAUCUAGCGGCCAAGAGGGGCAAGCAAUAUGGGUGUAGAAACAGGAUUCACAAGGGUCCGCUCAAGAGUCUCGAAAAACUUGACAUCCACGACGUUGGUCACGGAGUCAUCAGGCUCGCCAUCAUAUCGGCUUUUAGUCGCACGUUUACAGGCCGGUUUAGGAGCCAAGGCCUCAUUGCCAUAGGUGUAGGUUAUUUAAUCGACGAUAGCACUGCUCUCGCUCCUUGCUUCUGCUUUCAAGUCGUCGAUGAGAGGCGCUUUACUGUUUUUGCUGCCAGAGAACGGGUGAUCGCACGUGCUUGGAGGGCUUGUAGGGUAUUGUGGACUGCCACCAUUUUCGUUUGGGCGACUUGUGCUUUGACAGUGAGGAGAAACCCAAUGAUGUUCUCCCUCGGAGUUGCAUCGAUGGAGGUUCCUCUGGAGGAAGGUCCUAUCCUCAUGGAUUUGGCCUGGAACCCACGGCAAGGUAAUUUGAGAUAUGUUCAAUCAAGUCCAUUAGAAGUCAUAUCUGAGUCGGCAGUUUCAAUGUACAUCUUCUUACCUGGUAGAUUUCCCUAUGGGAUAGAAAGUAUGAGGCGGCCACUCGUGGUCCUUGGGCCACCUGUGUCGGGGCUCUGUCAUUCUGUUGCUUCUCCAACCCUCACUCAAAGCCCUUUCAAGUUCAUCAAGGCGUCGGCUCGUAACUUGACCACGAAGAAGAAGUUGAUCGAUAUUACGGUCGAAAGCUCGCGUUUCAUCGAAGACGGUACGGUACUCUCGGAUGAGCGGGUGUGUGCUCGCUUGGAAUAUCUCGACCGGAUCGCCUACCAGGAGUAUUUACCCAUAAGAUGUCCGCACCUCCUCUCCACAGCUGACCUUUGCGAAGUCUCUUCAUUUGCUGGCAACAUGUACUGCUCAGUGCUGCUAAUUUUGCCCAUGCGGCAGCCUCCUUUUCAAAUCACCGUACAUGGGUUAUUUCGGCCGCGCUCAAUCUACCCACAUGGCCUUAGAAGGCCAACCGCUCUAACUGUAAUACUGGAUCAAGAACAAGAUAAUCAAGCUGAUGCCUCCUCCAUUCAGGAGCUAAAUGAUGCGUGCUGCCAUCCUGGUUCUUUUCUUUUCGAGUGCCGAAAAGGAGAUAACGAGAUAGCACCAAACUAUUCAAGGCUCUCGAGCUUCAAUAACAUCAACGUGAAAAGGAAAUUUACUCCAUAUUCCGUAUCUGGUCUUCCCGAUGACCCUUCCUGUUUCGUCUCUGGGUCAGUGAAGAACUUCAUCUCGAUAAUUCUUUAUCUCCUCACGCAAGCAAACCUAAAGAUUGGCGCGAAGGUCAGAGAGCUGGGAGAACUGGUGACGGAUGGUAUGGGAUUCGCAAUAUUCUACCAUGCAGAAGAUUUGAUGUUCACAUUAUGCACACAAGACGGCAACAAAAACCUAGUUCUCACUCCAUUGUCAACCAAAGUAUCCCCAUUUCAUCAUAAAUUCUACGCACAAUACCAUUUUACAGUCGCCUUGAAGGGCUUACUUCAUUUAUCAACGGCUACUAUCUGGAAGUGGGAUCUCUACGUACAAGAGAUGGAGGGAACUCAUAACCAUGAGGCCAUAACAGACCCGAGCAACCCUCGUCAGACUCUUCUCUCAAGAGUCGCUGCUUUAAUCAUCGUGUGUAUUAACUUGGCGAUGAUCUCCUUGUAUCGGGGUUCAAUGUCACAAACGAUCUUCGAUUCACUAUAUCGAUCAUACUUCCACUUCUCAAUCUUUCCCCCAGGAGCCCCAGGAGUCUCAAAGAUUUCCCGAUCUAAGAUGUUGCUCAACAACAACGCAUCGCUGAAAAGCUUUAAUCAAAUCGGCCAACGAUCCUUUGGUGCAGCCAGCUCCCACCAAAGUUCGAGGGGUUGGCCAUAUGCCCUAUCUCGCAGGCUCGGGUCGCGAAAUACUGCGCAGGUAGACCCUGCUGCAACAAGAGCAAACAUCCAUGAGUGGAAGGUCAUCGACAGUGUGUUGGCACAGGGGCUUGAAGGAUCCGACUUUCAUGGCUUUAAUCGCAACCAAGAAAUGCUAGCCAAGGGAUCGCCAAUCGUCAUGGAAGUCCGAGCUGGAUCGCUAACUCUUCCUCCGUUCGACGCCGUCCGAGAUAAACACACUCCCUUUAAUCCACCCCUAGGUGUAUCUUGUAGAGUGGGAUCAGAGAAUGUGGAAGGUGCGGACUACGAUUCUGGCUUUAUGAAGAAAGAUAAGAAUAUAUUGAUCUUGUUCAAGACGGCACUGCUGAUCGGUUUAGUUCAGAUGUUGCUACUUGAGGUAAGAUGA